AGCAACCGUGGUAGCAAAAACCACCACUUAAGUAGUAACUUAGAGUCAAGUAAACAUGGCACGUAUUUAGAUAAAAUCCAGGCUUCUUUUAACUCCAGAUGUGGGCAAUUCUACGACCAUUUCCCGUCUUAUGGAACUGAGCGAGCCUUGCUUUUAGAUUGCUACCACACUAGUCCUUGCCAAAGUUUGAUACCAACACUUGAUACCGGUUUGGAACCAAACAAUUACAAUCUGAUUCAUAGCGAAGACUUUGUUUCCACUUUUUGUUUUAAAAACAACAAAAUUUCCUUUCUUCUUUGGUGAAUCUCAGCAUGUGAAAAAAGUUCAUUGAAUUUUACUUUACUCUUCUUACAAACGUGAAAAAAUGGUUGUCUUGGGUUCCAAAUGGAUUAUUAAGGGGCAGCUGUCCCGCCUUCUUUCCUCUUUACCUUCUUUCACUCAUGAGCAACAUCAGCACCAUCAAGAACAGCAGCAGCCACAACAAGAAGAGGUGAAAAAAAAUCUUUGGAGAGAUAAUAAAAUAUUUCGGGAUGAGAAUAAAGCGCUCCGCAAAGAGAAUAAGUUCCUUUGGAUAGAAAACAAGGCUCUUCGGGGAGAAAAUAAAACCUUUCGAAUAGAAAACCAGGUACUUCGGGAGGCAAAUCAGUUCCUUAGACAACAAAAUCAGAUCCUCUGGGAGGACAAGAGGAUUAUGUGGGAGAACAAAAAAGCCCUCUGUGAAAAAAGUAAUGCCUUGAAUAAGGAAAAAAAAGCUUUUUGGGAACAAAAUAGAGCCCUUCAGGCACAGAUUAAGGCUCUUCAGGAGCAGGAGAAAGCUUUCCAAAAUGAAGAAAAAGCUCUUCAAGAAGAGAUCAAAUCCCUCCACGAGGAGAUCAAAGCCCUCCAGCAUCAGGAAAGUACCCCGAAUAUGGAGGAGCAAGCCCUGUGGAAGGAGAGUAAAGCCCUACGGAUGGAAGAACAAGCUCUAUGGAAGGAAGAACAGGCUCUUCGGGAAGAGAACAAGGCGCUUAGGGAGGAGAACAGCGCCCUGCAGGAGGAGGAGAGAGCCCUUCGAGAGGAGGCGAAUAUACUGGAGGAAUGGAACAAGAUUCUCCAAGGAAAUGAAGAGGAAAUGCAGGCUGACAGUGAAAAUGUAGAAUAGGGGCACACCACCAGAGAAAUACGAUUUGUGACUGUGACCCAUAUGACUGAGAAAGGAUGAUCGUGGGCUUUUCUGCGUGAGAUGAAAAACAUAAUGAGAAAACAGUUAAAAAAAUGAGAAUCACCUGGACAGGUGAAGCCAGUUAAAGUGAAAUGAUUAUUCUGGGCUUGGCGCCAAAGGCCUUGAAGUUUACCACGGUAAAUUUACUCAGUAGCAGGUCCUGGAAACAAUACAGUGCUGAUGAAGAUUCAAAAGGGUAA